GAAAAGCAUAUGCAGCACUGUAACUUAUUACUUCUGCCUCUUUCUUCCCCUCCUGCAAAUCAAAGGAGUAAACUUCAAGUCUCUCCCUUACUCAUACCUUCUUUCAACAAACAAAGAAAAGAACCAUCAUCAUCAUUUCAUUUCUUCUUCACUUGUCUCUUUUUUUAGUUUUUAACAAUAUGACAUGACCCAUUACUUACACUACUUGUUUAUCUAACCUGAUUUCAACAUAAACCGCACUGCUCCUGUUCUGCGUUGUUUCAAUGGAGUUUGAUCUUGAAAACCCUUUGACGCACUCUCUUGAACCCAACUUCUCCAGUACAGAAACCCCAACUUCUCUCUUUCUGACUGAGUCUGAUCAUAUGCCAUCCCAAGAUUACUUCAACUCCCUCAAAGCUGCUAACUUUGACUUAUCUAUCCGACAAGAGGCCCUCUCUUUAAUCUUACGGUUUUCAGGCAACUUGGAUCCAUUCUUGUCCUACCUUGCUGUUAAUUAUCUGGAUCGUUUCUUAUCAACCGGAGGAAUGCUGCAACCUAAGCCAUGGGUGCUUAAGCUUCUUGCAAUCUCUUGUGUCUCUUUGGCUGCCAAGAUGAAAACUACCCAGUUCUCUCUUUCUGAUUUUCAGGUUGAUGGAGGGAUUGUAUUUGACACACAAACAGUAGAAAGAAUGGAGUAUCUCAUCUUGGGAGCUUUGAAAUGGAGAAUGCGCUCAGUUACUCCCUUCUGUUUCCUUUCCUUUCUCAUCUUCUCCGUGUUCAAUCUCACCGACCCUUCACUAAUCCAGGCCCUGAAAUCCAGAGCCACUGAAAUCAUCUUCAAAUCUCAAUAUGAUAUAAACGUUUUAGAGUUCAAGCCAUCAAUAGUUGCAGCCUCAGCUCUUCUCUCUGCCUCUCAUGAACUGCUGCCAUUACACUUUUCUUCCUUUAAAAGAGCUCUCUGCAACUACUCGUAUGUAAAUAAGGAAAGGAUGUUGCAGUGUUAUAAUGUAAUACAGGAGGGAACACUGAGGGACGGGUACGAGUCGGUGGUGGAGAAUGUGUCGAGCUCGGAGACGCCGGUCAACGUUCUUGACCAGCAGUUCUCGAACUCACAGAUCAGCGGUGAUGAUGAGAAGACGACGGGAAUAAUCAUCAGCAGUGGGCCCAACGCCGACCGAGAUAUCAAGAGGAGGAAGAUCAGGAACAGUAAUCAGACGGUCCAGAUCACUCACAUCCAACACUGCACUUAGCUGAUCACGCCACGUUAUGUUCAUCAAUGAUCAUCAUCAUGAUCUGGGAGUGGGGCCCAUUUGAGAGUGACCCCACUUGGUCCAGAUAACUAAGCAGUCGAAUUUUCUUUUCUUUUUUUUUUCCUUUUUUUGUUCUUAUAAAGAAAACAGAAGUAAAAAAAAAAAAAAAAAUGGAGGAAAUUGGUUUGGUAAGAGAGAGAGAGAGAGAGAGAGAGGUGAAGUUGAUGGGUGAUGGAUAGAAUCACUGCUGCAUGAUCUUCAUCAGUAAAAGCUCAUUUUUACU